CUGCACUGUAAGCCAUCCACUAUCAGGAUGCGGAUCGUUUACUGUAACGCGCUGUUCGCGCUUCUACUCCUCCAGGCCAGCGUCAUCAUCGAGGCAAGGGAUUGCGUGCUCUGCAAUAUUCUACAACACGGGAAGGAGCGGCUCGCAAAUAUUCCUCGAAUAUCUGCCAACCUCAGCAUCAAUGGGGGGCUUCACAUUUCCGGAGGACUCGAGUCACAGUCCUCCAACCAGCCCCAAGCCAUCCAAUUUCCUGCACGGGAAAUCCAAUAUCCAAGUUUACAGCGGUCAGCUCAGCGCUCGCUUCAAGUAGAGGCCAAGAUUGAAAUUAGACACUUCACUGAGGCCGACAUUGAAAUCGAUGCGAAGCUUAAGACGGUUGAGCUCAUCAAAAAGUAUGGAUUCCCAGUAGAGACCCACUUCGUGACCACUGAGGAUGGCUACAAGCUGUGUCUGCACCGCAUGCCUCGUCCGGGUGCUCAACCCAUUUUGCUAGUCCAUGGCCUCAUGUCCAGCUCAGCUGCCUUUGUGAUGUUGGGGCCGUCAAAUGGGUUAGCCUACAUCCUGUAUCUGCAGGGCUACGAUGUCUGGAUGCUGAACACGCGCGGAAAUAUUUACUCCAUGGAGCACACAAAGAAGUUUAUCAGCAUGAAGGACUACUGGGACUUCUCCUUCCAUGACAUUGGUGUUAAAGAUCUGCCACCGUCCAUCGACUUGAUCCUGGAGCGCACGAACUACCAGCAGAUUCAGUACAUUGGCCACUCCCAGGGAUCGACCGUGUUCUUUGUAAUGUGCAGCGAACUGCCUAGCUACUCCAGCAAAGUAAUCAUCAUGCAGGCCCUCUCCCCGCCGGUGUUCAUGAAGGAGACUCGCAGUCCAGUGCUCAAGUUUAUGAGCUUUUUCAAGGGAUCUCUGGCGGUACUAUUCCAACAACUAGGAGGCUACGCUGUCUCCCUUACCACAAAGCUCAUCGACAAGUUUAGGCACCACAUCUGCCCGGCCAACAGGCUCACGAGUAAAAUUUGCGGAAUGUUUGACUUUGUUCUAUGUGGCUUCAAUUGGUUAAGCUUUAAUAUGACUCUGACUCCAAUCAUCAUUGGUCACGGUUCCCAGGGAUCCGCCACCAAGCUGAUCCACCACUAUGCCCAGCUGCACACGAAGCUCUUGCUCCACUUCCGUCGCUACGAUUACGGUCCGACCAUAAACCUCAUUCGCUACAAAUCCCUUUCCCCACCAUCCUAUAACCUGUCGCAGACGCAGUGCAAGGUUGUACUGCAUCAUGGGGAAGACGAUUGGCUGGCAUCUGGCUCGGACGUCGAAAAACUUCAGGAACGUUUGCCCAACUGCAUCGAGAGUCGGAAAGUGGAAUUCAAGAGCUUUUCACACUUCGACUUUAUCAUAUCAAAGGAUGUGCGGUCCCUGGUCUACGAUCGUGUUGUAAACGUGGUUGUCACCAACAAAAUUGAGCGAAUUGAGCCAAAAACACGGCAGUGGAGUCAAGUGCAAUCACCGAAUCAGAUCAGUUAUCAGGGCGAUAAAGCUCAAAACACUCUAAGAUAUCCCGACUCAGACAGCUCAGUUCAGCACACGAUUCAUAUAAGGCGCCAGGGAGAUUUGCAGCUGGGAACUAAUUCGAAUAAGCAGAUUCAAUAUCAGAGACAAGCCCAACUUGAAAUAUCUAGAAACUCCCAUAAUCCAAUAAUGCAAAGCCAAAAUAGACCGCAGUGGAGGCAAGUGCAUUCAGAUAAUCAGAUCAGUUUGGAUGGCGAUGAAGCUCAAAACCCUCAAGGAUAUCCCGAGUCAGACACGCCGGUUCAGCACACAAUUCACAUCAAGCGCCAGGGAGAUUUGCAGCUGGGAACAUCCUUCCAACCAUCUUCGAAUAAGCAGAUUCAAUAUCAGAGACAAGGCCAACUUGAAAUAUCUAGAGACUCCUCCUAUAAUCCUAUAAUUCAAAGCCAAAAUAUUCCGCAGUGGAGUCAAGGUCAAGUUGUAAACGUUCAACCAUUUCCUAACCCAGACAAUUCGGUUCAGAACUCGAUUCACAUAAAGCGCCAGGGAGAUUUGCAGCUGGGAACAUCCUUCCAACCAUCUUCGAAUAAGCAGAUUAAAUAUCAGAGACAAGGCCAACUUGAAAUAUCAAAAGGCUCCUAUAAUCCAAGCCAAAAUAUACCGCAGUGGAGUCAAGGUCAAGUUGUAAACGUUCAACCAUUUCCUAACCCAGACAGUUCGGUUCAGAACUCGAUUCAUAUAAAGCGCCAGGGAGAUUUGCAGCUGGGAACAUCCUUCCAACCAUCUUCGAAUAAGCAGAUUCAAUAUCAGAGACAAGGCCACCUUGAAAUAUCUAGAGACUCCUCCUAUAAUCCCAUAAUUCAAAGCCAAAAUAUACCGCAGUGGAGUCAAGGUCAAGUUCAAGACAUUCAACCAAAUCGUAACACAGACAAUUCGGUUCAGAACUCGAUUCAAAUAGAGAAACCGAUUCAAAUUAAUCACUUCACUGAGGCUGACAUUGAAACCGAUGGGAAGCUUGAUACGGUUGAGCUCAUCAAAAAGUAUGGAUUUCCUGUGGAGACCCACUUCGUGACCACUGAAGAUGGCUACAAGCUGUGCCUGCACCGCAUGCCGCGACCAGGUGCUCAGCCCAUUUUGCUGGUCCAUGGCCUCAUGUCCAGCUCAGCUGCCUGGGUGAUGUUGGGCCCGUCAAAUGGGUUAGCCUACAUCCUGUAUCUGCAGGGCUACGAUGUCUGGAUGCUGAACACGCGCGGAAAUAUUUACUCCAGGGAACAUACGAACAAGUUUAUCAGUAUGAUGGACUACUGGGACUUCUCCUUCCAUGACAUUGGUGUUAAAGAUCUGCCACCGUCCAUCGACUUGAUCCUGGAGCGCACGAACUACCAGCAGAUUCAGUACAUUGGCCACUCCCAGGGAUCGACCGUGUUCUUUGUAAUGUGCAGCGAACUGCCUAGCUACUCCAGCAAAGUAAUCAUCAUGCAGGCCCUCUCCCCGUCGGUGUUCAUGAAGGACACUCGCAGUCCAGUGCUCAAGUUUAUGGGCUUUUUCAGGGGACCUCUCACGAUGCUGCUUGUAAGACUAGGAGGCUACGCUGUCUCCAUUACCACAAAGCUCAUCCAGCAGUUUAGGCACCACAUCUGCCCGGCCAACAAGAUCACGAGUCAAAUUUGCGGAGUGUUUGACUUUGUCCUAUGCGGCUUCAAUUGGUUUGGCUUUAAUAUGACUCUGACUCCCAUCAUCGUUGGUCACUCUUCCCAGGGAUCCUCCACCAAGCAGAUCCACCACUAUGCCCAGCUGCAGAAGAAGCUCAACUUCCGUCGCUACGACCUCGGUCCGACUAGAAACCUCAUUCGCUACAAAUCCCUUUCCCCACCAUCCUAUAACCUGUCGCAGACGCAGUGCAAGGUUGUACUGCAUCAUGGAGAAGACGAUUGGCUGUCAUCUGGCUCGGACGUCGCCAAUCUGCAGGAACGUUUGCCCAACUGCAUCGAGAGUCGGAAAGUGGAACUCAAGUUCUUUACGCACUUUGACUUUAUCAUAUCUAAGGAUGUGCGGCCCCUGGUCUACGAUCGUGUUGUAAACUUGGCUGUCACCAACAAAUAAGGUUUUGUGGGA